GUUAGUGGAAAGUUACCCAGUGCUUCCGGUUCAAGUACUCAAGCUCUAGUACGUCCUGGCAGUCCACAAAGCUCCAUAUCGACAGAAGAUCGUACUUCGUUAGUUCCAAUUUGUAAAGCCAAAGCACUUGUCGACAGCAUGCCAAAUCCUUAUGAUAAGGACGCACUUAAGUUUAAGAAAGGUGACACUAUCGAUGUAUUGUCGAUGAAUGCCUCUGGCAUUUGGAAGGGUCGUUGUCACGGUCGAGUGGGUCAUUUUAAGUUCAUCAAUGUGGAAGUACUGCCUGAGCAGCGUAUGAAAAAUUCAAAUAGCAAAAAUCUAACAACUGCUGGUCGACAUGUUAACAGCAAUGGUCCUAGCUCUGUCGAGGAUUUACUAUUCCGUAUCGGUUUGAAAGAGUACACUUCAGUCUUUGUUUUAAAUGGUUACGAAGACUUGGAACUCUUCAAAGAACUUGAACCAGCCGAUUUGGAUUAUUUGGGUAUUAUCAAUCAGGAUCAUCGUGCAAAACUAUUAACUGCAGUGCAACUAUUGCACGACAUAGAAUGUUCUGAUGGUGACAUAGCUGGUUCCAGCUCAGAAAACGAUGAAGCACGUUUAAAUAACAUCAACAAAAAACAUGCCGCUUCACCAUUUGGCCGCCGUCAUUUUCCACGUGAUUCAGGUUGUUAUGAAGGCUCACCAGUUCCCACCUCGCAAACACCCACACAAGCCGUAAACUCCACUGAUGAUUCGAAUAGCUUAGACGAUGUGGUCACCAAGUGUUCAAGUGAAAUUAUGAAACGUGUCGAAAGUGCACGACGCCAAAAAGAAAAUCCAUUCAAAGUUGGAUUACCAGCACGUGUAGGAAAGAAGGCAUUAAUAGGUAGCGGUCUUUUGGGUGAUGAUACCCUAACACGUGGAGGUGGUUUAAGUGAGAAAUCCAGCGAUUCCGGUGUUAGUAGUAGUUCACUAUCAUCAGGUCCACUAAAAAAUAGCACUUAACAUUUACCUACAAUACUC